CAAUAAACAACCGCUCAAGUCUCCUAUAUUCGUGAAACAUGUGUUCUUGAAUAUGAUUUGUUCAGUCUCUACAUUUUCCGCCUUCAAACUCGGAACGUUCUUUCCAAACUUGCUUCAUGAUGGUUUGUCAGCCUUUCUAGAUUCUUGAGUUUCUUGCUCAAGUCGGCUUCUUAGAUAUAUGUUACGUUCGAAGAGCAUCCCAGCGAGUGGUCCUGCGAAGAUGCUUGCAGUGUUCGAAUGCGUUCGAUGUUGGGCUACUGUGCGAGAAAGGUGGUAUGAGAAGCUAGGUCUUCUAUCAAACGCAGGUUGAUUCUUGUUGAUUCUGUGGCAUAUGCCGACCUUGACCGGCCUUGGCUGCUCGGACGCUCAAGAUUUGCCUUGGCCCGUGCCGUUCGGGCACAAGCAGGUCUUCGCACAUGGAGGAAAGGAGCCAAAGGAGCCGUGGAUGGCAGGCGGUGCUUUUGCUGGUUCUUGGCCUGGUUGCAAUAAGGUGUGCCAUCUUUGAUGCCUUUGUUGGAGCGCCGUUGCGUGAAAAUCCGGUGAACCUUUUCAAGAUAGGCGAUGGAAGUUCGCUGCUUCCACGAAAAGCAGACCCAAACCAGUGGACAAUGUUGCGCGAUGCAAGCGGCAAGCAAAUGCCAAAGAAACCUCCCUACAUCUCUAUCAACUUGCUGAACAAAGUCACGCGGAUGAACAAAGAGGGCAACAAGGACACCAUUCGCGUGUAUAGCCGCCAGUCGACCAUCAUCCCAGCCAUGAUUGGCCAUACCUGCGCUGUACACAAUGGUCGCGACUUUGUGCCUAUUAAGAUCGAUGAUGGGAUGGUUGGCUUCAAAAUCGGAGAUUUUGUCCCAACGCACACCUUCACUUCACAUCCCAAGCAAGCCAAGGUGACAAAGUACAGAGGCCGCUAAGACUAGUGUGAAGGCAACACGAUGAGCGACUUCUCCCGGAAAAAAAGCGCAAAACACAGCGGAAAUAGAAG